AUGGGCAUGGGCGACGGGAUUAUCAACCAGUCCAUGAAGGAAGAUCUUGACAGUAAGCCUACAGAGUCUCGUCGAUUUGCUGCUCAUAUUCCUUACUUUCUGAGCAAUGAGGCUGAUACUUUUUUGUUUUCCCCUCACCGACCUGGACCUAUGCCUCACGCCCUAGAUUGGAUUACGGCUCUUGGACUCACACCUGGACUGCCGGUCCAUGUUGUCGGAUUCUUUGGACACUGCAGAGAUCUCUCCAUGUUUGAACGCGUCACGCCUGCUGUCAGGAGGAAGGACGGUACCUACGAGACAUCGUCCUGCAUUGGAUCCUUCGAAGAUGACGAGCGGAUGCCACGACAGAUGUUGCAGGAACUAGACCGGUUUAUGGCGAUUUGUUGGGAUCGAAUUGGCGUGCCACCUCCAGACCACGAACGCAGUCAAUCUGACAAUGGUGGUGGUGGUGGUCGUGGAUCAAACCCCUUGGCUAAUAUUUUGACGCCAGGACGAUGUGUCCCUGUGUUGAUCUUUGUGAUCGAGAGGGUGCCUAUCGUCGCACCCUGGCACGAGGCUGGAGCAAGCGAAAACCAGAUUGUCGAGCUACCCGAAGCAUUGCUGGACUAUUCAGACGACAAUGGGAACGAAACAUUGGACCCUGCAGCUGCUGUCUUGCGACAGAGGUUGAUGACUACUACUGGCGGAUCUCAGUCGUCCAAGAAGCAGGGGUCGAAUGCCAAGUUUCAGCCCAACAAGUCACAACGAGAGAAGGCAGCCGCUCGCCCCACGGCAGACGAGAGCAACCGCGCUCUCGGAAAUCCCACCUUGCGGGAGAUCUAUGAUGCAGUCGUCCAGGCUAGAGACCAGCCUCUGUCAGGAACCACAGGAGCUGGGGGUAGAUCAGCGGCCGAGGGCACUUCACAGUUGUCGCUUGGCAACGAAUCAAUCAGCAUCAAGCUCCAGAACGUGAACAUUGCUGGCGGAGGCGCAAACGGGAAUAGCCAUGGCAACGGUGUAGUGGGGGGAGAGGCAGUUCGGGAGAGAGGUCCCCGACGAGGCGGAAAAAAGUAUUCGCUGCGGUGCGCCCAUCUCGUCCAAAAGAAGAUUCAAGACUUUGUCCAGACCGACGAGGUCAUGGAGGAACUGUAA